CUGAGAUUUCUCCCUGUGCCCAGACUGUCACCUCAGCUCCUCAGCAGCGCCUCGGAAAGACCAAACCUCGGGUGUUUUGUCCCGUUUUUGGGGGGUGCUGGGAUGCAGCGAGUCUCACGGGAAGCACAAACAAGGGCACGAGGUGGAUUUAGUCGGUUCUUGUCCAGCUGUGGACACAGAUGUGUGCACAUGGCCAGCACUGCGAGUGCUGCUGAGCCAGAGCAGGAAGAAGGCCAGUUUUUAGUGGAACUAUCCGUCAAAAAAUAAGCCUUCCCUUCCUCUCAUUUUGGUCGCCUUCCAACAGAAAUACAACUCCUACAACUAGCAGGAAACGCUGGAAUGAUAUCCAAGCUUCUAGCUGAGGCAUCCAGUUAAAGCCCCAUUAUCCAAAGAGUCCCUUACAUCUAGCCAGAGAUUUAACAGCAGCUUCUAGAGAUUUGGCUAAACCUCACACGCUGCAAGAGGCGCAGUCAGAUUUUUUUUUCAAGCGAGGUCUGCUGCUUUCUCGUCCUCUUUUACACUCUCCAGAUAUUUUUAGGGAGUAAGGCAGGGAGUGGGGAACACCAACAAGUCGGUCAGCGUGGGGAUGAAGGCUCCAGCUCAUUAGGUUUGAUUAAUGAGGCUCCUGCAUGGGAUGAGACAUCCCGUGCCCAACCCUUACACAGAGCCUACCCAGUUCCUUGCAGUGGUUAAGCUUGGUCAUAUUCCUCGUCCUCUUGGAACUUUUUCCACACCUUCAGCAUCUUUUUGGAGGCAGUGACCUGCUGUACAGUGUUUUAAGGCACAGGUGAGUCAUAUUUAUAUCAAUCCACAACAGGCCCAGCUGUCUAAUACCUAAUAGACACGAUUCUAACUUCAGAGAAAAGCCAGAUUUGGGUAGUUUGCCUCUAAAAUUUAAUGAUGGGGGGAGGCUACUCAUUAGCUUUCUCUUUAAAGAAGUGGUUUGUCUUUCCCUAAGCUUGUCCUAAAAAGAAGGACUCUCUUUUUCUUUCCAAGAAGUUCCUUGUGGCUUGACCACAAGUUUUCGAUGUGAAUUUGCUGGUUUAAUGUGUUUAAGACAAUUAACAGUUGUUUUACAAGGGCCAGCUGUGAGCAAUUCUAAUGCUCAUUUCUGCUUAUUGGGGGCAACUGGAGAGACACAAAACAGAAAGAAGAAGCAAGAUUAGUAGUAUAACCAUUAUUAGCCUGGAAUUACAUUUUCCAGACGCUUUUGUGGCUUGGAAAAACCUUUUACCAACUCUUAACCCCAGUAUGAGUAUUUUACAAACCCAGAUUUGACAAAAAAAAGAAUUUUUAGCCACACAGGACCAAAGAUUUGCCUUGAUCUUGUCCAUGUAAGAGAUGAUGUUCCCACUGCUUGUGACCUCUUUGCUUGCUCUUUCUGCAGCAGGAGAAUUUCUGGGAUUCACUUCCUCUGGGGCCCUGCCAAAGCUCAAACUGAGCUGUUCGCUGACAAAUCCAGCUGUGGGUAUUUGGCUCAGCCUUUGGAUAAAUCCAGCUUUUGGCAUCUUUUCCUGCUGGAGGACUUAUGGUCCUUUCCUUUAAACAACACUCCUGUGCUGUGGAUACAAAACCCAGAGAAGCUCGGAGUGGGGGAAACGAAAAGGAAAAAGGAGAGGGGAAGUAAGGAAGACCAGGAACAAACUCUGGGAGUGAAUCCAGAGCAGAACUACAAUUCCCAGCGCUCCCAGGGAGGGAAGAGUGACUGGAGCCCAGCGGAGUCACUGCAGAGCCGGAGGUCACCCGAGAUCCCGGCGCAGUGAGCAGGGAAAACACAAACACAGCACAGUAGAGACACCAGCUGUAGGUGUUGGUUAUGGCUGCAGUGUAUCAAGCACUGCACAGGAGGGUUUCCUCCCUCAUCUGCAGGUUGCACUCCACCUAUGUGAGAAAAAUGAGAUACUUAAAUCAGCUGAAGGAAGAUGACAGCCUUUGUAGACAAGCUCAGACCUCGGGAACUUUCUACCUCUUUCACAACCUCUCCCCCUUCCUGCAGAAAGCUGGGAAGAAAUAUUUGGUACCACAGCUCAGUGCAGCAGAGAUGAAAGGGAUUCUGGAGAAGUUCCAAGAGGCUGAGCAGUGGAUAGAGAAGUCAGUGCUGAUCGGCUGUUCGGACGAGCACAGACCGCGCUUUGCGCUGGAUUUAGGAGCCUUGGAUAAAUCAGUCAUUGAGUCAGAACUGCAGGGAUCAUUUACUGACCUACGAAAAGCUCUCUUUGUAGUGGACGGGGAGGAUUCUCCUUUGCUGGCUUCGGCCCACUCCCUUCUGCAGUGGCACGAGUCCCACCAGUACUGCAGCAGAACGGGGCAGCCCACUCAGAAGAACCCAGCUGGCAGCAAACGCGUCUGCCACGCCAGCGGAGUCACUUACUACCCACAGAUGUCUCCGGUGGUCAUCGCCCUGGUGUCCGAUGGGAGCCGGUGCCUCCUCGCCCGACAGCCCUCGUUUCCCCCGGGGAUGUUCACGGCUCUGUCAGGCUUCUGUGACAUGGGUGAAAACGUGGAGGAGGCAGUGCGGCGAGAGGUGGCCGAAGAGGUGGGGCUGGAGGUGGAGUCGCUCCGCUACUCGGCUUCCCAGCACUGGCCCUUCCCCGGCAGCUCCUUAAUGAUAGCCUGCCACGCCCUGGUGGGAGCCCAGCGGGCUGAGAUUAGUGUGGACACCCUGGAACUGGAGGAAGCCCGUUGGUUUGGCCUGGAGGAAAUUGUGGAGGGUCUCAAGAGAGAGCCCAGGUCUUCAAAGCGGGACGACGGUGGUUGUUUACCCUGGUUCCCUCCCAAACAGGCCAUUGCUCACCAGCUGAUCCAGGAGUGGGUUCAGCAGCAGACUGCCCAGACAGCUUAGGCAGGGCUCCAUCCACUCUGUGAUUUCACCAGAACUGUGAAAGCUCCACAGAAAAGCCUCCAAAGCCCCUGGAGGCAAGGGCUCUGUUACAGUGAGGAUGGCUCUCGGACACACUGACCCACAGAGGUCUCUAGACUGAUCUGACAGUCCCAUGUACAGUGGAUCACCUCUGGGAUCCCAUGAUUUGAAGUAAAUAUACAAUAAAAUCCUUAGUUCCAAAACAUCA